AUGCCUGAGCCAGCGAAGUCCGCACCUAAGAAGGGGUCCAAGAAGGCCGUUACUAAAACCGCCGUCAAGGGUGGUAAGAAGCGCAAGAGGUCCAGGAAGGAGAGCUAUGCUAUCUACGUCUACAAGGUCCUGAAGCAGGUUCAUCCUGACACCGGGAUUUCUUCUAAGGCCAUGGGCAUCAUGAACUCUUUCGUCAAUGAUAUUUUCGAGCGUAUCGCCGGUGAGUCCUCUCGUCUCGCUCACUACAACAAGCGCUCCACCAUCACAUCGAGAGAGAUCCAGACCGCCGUGCGUCUGCUGCUGCCCGGUGAACUCGCCAAACACGCCGUGUCUGAGGGAACAAAGGCCGUCACCAAGUACACCAGCUCCAAAUAAAGCUUCCAGCUUUUCAACACCCAAAGGCUCUUUUAAGAGCCACCCACUUUAUCAGAUAAAUGA